AUGACUGAACGGACGAAUAGCAACAUGCUCUUUGCUAACUUCAAUCAGGAUUUCUCAUGCGUGUCGGUCGGCACUCGGAGGGGCUACAGCAUCACCAACUGCGAGCCAUUUGGAAGGAUGAUGGGUGCCCGUGGCAUAGUAGAGAUGCUGUUCUGCACGUCACUGAUAGCCCUGGUCGGAGCGGCAGACCAACCGCAUUCAAGUCCAAGGAAGCUGCAGAUAGUGAAUACAAAGAGGCAGUCCAUGAUAUGCGAGCUACUUUUUCCGUCGUCAAUUCUCGCCGUCAAGCUGAACAGGAAAACGCUUGUCAUCGUGCUGGAAACCGAGAUUUACAUAUACGAUAUUUCAAACAUGCGGCUGUUACACGUCAUUGAAACGACGGCGAAUCCUGAAGCCAUUUGUGCCCUUUCUCCGUCGGCCGACAGCUCGUACUUGGCGUAUCCUUCGCCUCCGCAGACACAAUCUGGCGACGUUCUGCUGUUCUCUACCCGCUCUCUCACCGUCGCGAAUGUUAUUCAAGCUCACAAAUCGCCCAUAUCCUUUCUGUCCAUCAAUUCCACCGGUACUCUCUUGGCCACUGCUUCCGACAAGGGCACUGUUAUUCGCGUCUGGAGCAUCCCGGGUGCUGAGAAACUCUAUCAAUUCCGCCGGGGGACGCGCGAAGCACGAAUCUAUUCGAUCAAUUUCAAUUUGGUUUCGUCGCUGCUGGCGGUGAGCUCAGCGCAUGACACUGUCCACAUCUUCCGGCUAGGUGGCGGAAACACACAGAGGAAGGAUGGGAUGGCGAGUCCAGCAGAGUCUGUGGACAGCAGGGAGACAACACAGCUUGAUGGAGGGUACGAGGCGUUUAUCGAGAAGAAGAAGGGCAGUGGAGUGUCAUCUAGUCUGAGGAGGAAGUCGUUACAGGUCACGAAGAGCCUAUCACAUUCGAUGGGCGGGUAUCUUCCCAACACUAUAACGGAGAUGUGGGAGCCGUCCAGGGACUUUGCUUUCUUGCGGUUGCCGACGAGUGGUGCACGAUGUGUAGUUGCGCUGAGUGGGACGAUGCCACAGGUUAUGGUAAUUUCCUCUGAGGGUUACUUUUACUCGUACAACAUUGACCUGGAAAAUGGUGGCGAGUGUUCUCUGAUGAAACAGUUCAGCUUGCUGGAUUCUGGUGAAGAUUCAGCCAAGGAUGUGAUAGAUUAG